GAAGUCAACGGAAUUUUCAACAGUUUCCCCCUCCCUUCCGCUAUGAUUCGAUCGCGUAUAUAAACUCAUUCGAACAUAAAUUUUAACUUAGGGAUCUCGAGUUAAGGGGAGCAUUGCCAUCUUCUCAAUUUAAUUUAGUAACAGUGCUUUGUGCUAGGGAAGAUGAAGUUCUUUGUACUUUUCGCGAUUCUCGUCGCUAUCGUUUACGCAUCUUGCGCAAGUGUUUCUCAAGUUGUUUACGAUGAACCGAUUUACGAUUUGAGGCAAAUUGAGGAGGAAAAUAUAGAACCAGAUACGGAAUUGAUGGAUUCCAACGAACCGCUACUGCUACGACAUCGAAGGGUAACGUGCGACGUUUUAUCAUGGCAAUCAAAAUGGCUGAGCAUUAAUCAUUCAGCCUGCGCUAUCAGAUGUUUAGCUAAACGACGUAAAGGUGGCAGAUGCAAAAAUGGCGUGUGCAUCUGUCGAAAGUGAAACGAUUCGAAAAUUGAUUGCAACGAUCUGUUCAUUUCCAAUAUUUUUUUACUCGAAAUUUCGUACUUCCUAUUUUGUAAAAGUUUGAGUAAAAUCAUUUUUUAAAAUCAUAUUCCAUAUAUAUAUAUACUUUGUAUAUCAUAAUCGAUUAAGAUAAAAAGAUUAUUUUGUAUUUUGUUACAUUUUUCAAAAGUAAAAGAAUUUUUUUAAUUUCUUUUUAAUAAAUUUCUUCUUGCACAA